ACAUAUAUACACUAUAUGUGUUGAGAAGUACUAAGAAAAAACCCAAACCAACAAAGAACAAAGAAUGAGUGGAAGUGGUUCUUGCCCAUAUAAUAAUCCCACAUAUACUACUACAACAACAAUGUUUGCUUUAAACCAAAACAAAAAUCUCAAUCAACCUCAACUUCAUCAAGCACUACAAAACACAACCAAAAUCGAACAUCCUAAAUCAUGUUACACUUCAACAACUUGUACUAGUAGUAGUAAUUUUCAGAUGCCAUUGCACUAUCCAAGGUACCAAAAACCCGAUUACGAGACGAUGCCGGAGUGGAAACUCGAUUGCCUUCUCAGGCAAUAUGGACUACCGGUGAUCGGAGAUGUCAAUCACAAGAGGAAGUUUGCUAUGGGAGCUUUUCUUUGGCCUAGUCAAAACAAGUGAAUGCAUGAUUCGGGAUCGAGGACGAGUUCUGCAGGUUUAACUGAAGUUAAAUCGUGAAUUCGACUAGAAAUUGUAAUAUCGAACUAUGAUAAAUUAUUUGAUAUGUCAUGUAUCGACUAUCGUACAAGAACCUUAGUAUGUAGUGGUUUCAUUUUUAUUUUCAUCAUCUUUUACUAAAUUAAGGUUGCUUUAAUUUA